UCCAAUUAUACUACACCAUAUACAGUCCGUGUACGAAGUCCCUUCCACCAAAAUUCCCUAAAAACUACUUUUAUAUAACAAAAUGUUCGCUGGUUCCGGUCGUCCUUCUAAAGAACAAGUCAAGCAAUAUGAUAACCUUGCUAUUUCCGAAAUCAAGAAAGGUGCUUCUGUUGCUGCCAUUCUUGCUUUAACUCCUUUUGUCAUCUCUUUUGUCAAGAACUUGCGCGCUUAAAGUUUUGACAAGCGUAGCUUACUCUGCUUAUAUACGCUGUAUACGAUGAACUCUACGUCGCUACUUGUAUAAGGACGCGUUCAGCUUAUGAAUUGAUUGUGCCAUACAUAUUCCCAUUUUGGUAAACAGAGAAUAAAAUCCAAAUUUGUCAUUUUUAUAUUAGUGUUGGAGCUUAAAUUGGGAAAGCUCAGGGUGAUG